UGUCAUUGGGGGACGAAGGAACCGAAGUUCCGGCCGGCACUGGCGCAAAACGACGGCGGAAACAUCUAAAGAUUGAUUUUCCAGAUGGAGUAUGUGAUUCAGUUCUUCCUCGUUAAUGGUUCAGGUUGUGCUUGUUUCCAAAGGAAUCAAGAUCGAAAUAGACACCGACCUCCAAGAAAAUGGAAUCUUCUUCCACAUUCCGGUCCAGGGAUCACCUAAAGAUGGAGAACUCCAUAGAUUCUAGUGCUAGCUCCAGAAUUUCCUCCCCGUAUUUCUCACUCGAUGAUAAAGAGCUCGAAGUAGAGUCCAUGACCGGACAGGGGAUUGCGCAUCUCUGUUCAGAGCUUCUCGAACUUAAAGUAGCAUCAGAUGAAGAUUUCCAUAGGAAUAUCUUCUCGAACUAUUCUGCCUUUGUUAGGUUAUUCGCGCUCUUUUGAAGAUUUGGAUGUGUUUGGCAUUUCCUCUUAUGUAGCUGUUCUUUAGGUACUGAGAGCAAGAUAUUGGAGUUAUAAGAUUUGUUUUCCGAUUAAGAAUGAAGAUGAAAGAAUAUUUGAGGAAGCGAAACACAUGGAAGAUGAACUGAUGCAACUGAAAGUCCAACUUUCGACCCAAAAAGGGCUUGUUAAAGACCUAAUAGAUGGCAUAUAUUUAAAGGUUCUAUCAACGGAGAUGAUAGAUUCAAUUGUUAAUGAAGAGCCAGAAGAAUCUUCAUCUAGCGAGUUGGAAGUUCACAUAAAAAAUGUCUCAGAAACUCUGGAUAUUUUACUGUCAGAAAACAGAAUCAGUGAGGUAAUAGAUAUCUUAGUAAUGGAAGCUGAGAAUUUAGAGAGAGCAAAGCUAAAAGACUUUUUUUCUUCGAAUGUAUUGACUUUAUAUAACUCAGAAAUUUCUGAAAGAAAGGCAAUGGUUACCUCAAGGUUAAAAUUGGUUUCUGGAAACCCAAGAACAUCAGCACCAGAGCUUCAAAAGGCACUAAUAGGGUUACACAGACUUGAUGACAAUCAUCUUGCAACACAGUUAUUGCUAAAAUAUUACCAUUCACGGGUCAUGAAUGGAAUACAUAGACUGCAGUGUUCGAAGUCACUUUUACAUGGGCUGUACAUCAAAGAACUUUCAAGGUUUAUAUUCUCCAUGAUGUCUCAAGCAGCACAAAGUUUUGCAAUGGUAUAUGGAGAAACUUCUUAUACUUCAGAACUUAUUCAGUGGGCCUGUGAAGAAACUGAGGUAUUUGCUCUUUCUUUUAGUAAAUAUGUUAAGUCCAUUGCAGAAACAAGUGGGGGAUUGUCUACAGCGGUGGAAGGUGUGCAGUUUGCAUUGUCAUAUUGUUCUUUGUUAGAAGCCCAGGGACUAAUUUUGCAGCCAUGCUUGAUCAACCAGAUUCGUCCUUGUAUGGAAGAGGUUCUACAGACACAUAUAGAGCAUUUCAAGAAAGUUAUUGGCAGCUUUGCAACAGCUGAUGCUUGGGUUUUGGGUAGAUAUCUUAUGUUGAUAUCUUAUGUUGAUAUUGAGCAACAACCAGAGCAUUGCCUGCUCACUAAAAGUGGCCAAAAAUUUUUAACACUCUUGCAGGCUAUCACCGAAUGUACUACUCCUUUGCUUCUCCUUCAAAUGGAAGCUUCUAUCCUUGAGGAACUCACAAACCUCUUUAUGGAGUAUAUGCUCAUCCUUGAAAAGGCCCUUAUUUGUGAAAUCUACAUUGAAGAAAAAGGUGAUCCAAGAAUAAAUUUUGCCAGGUUACCAGAACAGCAGGUUUCUCUACUCGCAAAUCUGUCAACACUAGAACAGCUUUUUCCGUUCAUUGUUCAAGACCUUGUCAGGAAUUCAAAUUCUCAGCACCUUGAUAAUUGUAUACACCUUGUUAAAGAGUCUACUAGCCAGCUCAGAGCUCAUUUCUGUCAGCAGUUUAUUUGUCGAAUUAUGUCUCUUGAAUCUGGCUCUAGGCUUGCAUCAGAAACCCCCACUGAUACCGUCCAUAGAUUGCCUCACAAUGUGCGGCCAUCUGUCAUCUUUCAGGAAUUGUUUAUAGAAUUCAGAAAGUUAGAUAAAUUUGCUGAAGAAAAUACAUUGGAGAAGGAUUGGCUGAUGGAACUACUGAGAGAGUUGAUGGAGGCCACAUUUUCUUGGAUUUCAAGCAACAUAGAGCUUUGGGUAACUGGUAAAGAGAAUUUGACAGUCCAAGAUUCUGAGAGUUUCAAUCAGGAACAGUUUAUUGUGAAUGUGUAUUUUCUGGUGGAAAUUGCAAGAUAUGGAGGAUAUUUCUCCAACAGCCCCUUGGUUCUUUUGGAUCUUAUGACAUCAGCCCUUAGUUUGGCUGCAGUGGACCCUGAAAGCAGAGAUCUCUGUAAUUGUGAAUGGGCUAAAUCCAUUGCCAUUGAAACCAUUGAGAUGCUACUGAGGGAGAGAGAAAACUUGGUUUCAAAUGAAUGUAUUGACAAUUCUGAAGAGGAAGCACAUGAAAACCAAAUUGAGAGUCAAAAUGACUCUUCUUGUGAACGAGUUAGAAGUUCUUCGGAUGAUUCCAUGGCGUCAGACGCGGCUGAGGCCGUUACAGUUGCCAUCAAUACAGAAAUAUGGAAUGCAGGGGUCAGUGCUCAAGGAGAGUCAUCUGAAACUAUUAAAAAUGAUGACCUGAUUAACAAGGAGGUUGAUGUAUCUGAUGAUAAUUUGAUUGACAAGGUUGAUGAUGUUGGAAGGAAAAAAAUUCAAUCUGAUUCUUUACAAGAAAACCCUUUGGCACUGCAAGGUCUAGAUGAUGUUAUGAAAAAUAUUGACAAUGAUCAAAAGGAUGUGGAAGCUGUGAAGACUUGAAGAAACUCUGAAUAUUACAUGAAAUCAGAGAACGGGAGAUGGAAAA